ACAUCUGAAACAGGAAAUGAAAUUAAACAGAGCUGGAGUCCAGUAUUUAGAGAGAGGGCUGACAGACUGUAGAGACUGUUCUGAUGAAGAUUCUGAUGAAGAUGAAGCUGCUUCACCUCCAUGUGAUGUUGGCUCUGAUGACAGCGGCGCUGCUCAUCUCUACAUCUGCUUAUCCGUCUGCUACAACUGCAUCGCCUCUGACCAUGGCAUCAUGGACCACCCCAGGAGCCUUGGGAACAAAUUUAAAUGGAAUGAUGGUCCAUUUGUCCUCUGGUAAAGGAGGAAUAUCCCUCUACUCCCCCGAUUUUACUCCUACAGCUACAUCCUGGCCUGUCCCUACUCCCUACAGGAGACACAGAUUCGGCUCUGCCAGACCAGCCUACAGGAGAUGGUGGGACAGUACUACCAGACCCUAUGUUCCCUACAAGAACAGGGGAUACCCCACCCCUAGGCCCUACACUCCCUACAAGAACAGGGGAUACCCAACCCCUAGGCCCUACACUCACUACAAGAACUGGGGAUACGCCACUACCCAGCCCUACAUUCCCUAUAAGAACCGGAACUGGGGAUACGCCACUACCCAGCCCUACAUUCCCUAUAAGAACUGGAACUGGGGAUACGCCACUACCCAGCCCUACAUUCCCUAUAAGAACUGGAACUGGGGAUACGCCACUACCCAGCCCUACAUUCCCUAUAAGAACCGGAACUGGGGAUACGCCACUACCCAGCCCUACAUUCCCUAUAAGAACUGGAACUGGGGAUACGCCACUACCCAGCCCUACAUUCCCUAUAAGAACUGGAACUGGGGAUACGCCACUACCCAGCCCUACAUUCCCUAUAAGAACUGGAACUGGGGAUACGCCACUACCCAGCCCUACAUUCCCUAUAAGAACCGGAACUGGGGAUACACCAACCCUAGGCCCUACACUCACUACAAGAACAGGGGAUACGCCACUACCCAGCCCUACAUUCCCUAUAAGAACUGGAACUGGGCAUACGCCACUACCCAGCCCUACAUUCCCUAUAAGAACCGGAACUGGGGAUACGCCACUACCCAGCCCUACAUUCCCUAUAAGAACCGGAACUGGGGAUACGCCACUACCCAGCCCUACAUUCCCUAUAAGAACCGGAACUGGGGAUACGCCACUACCCAGCCCUACAUUCCCUAUAAGAACCGGAACUGGGGAUACGCCACUACCCAGCCCUACAUUCCCUAUAAGAACCGGAACUGGGGAUACGCCACUACCCAGCCCUACAUUCCCUAUAAGAACCGGAACUGGGGAUACACCACCCCUAGGCCCUACACUCACUACAAGAACAGGGGAUACGCCACUACCCAGCCCUACAUUCCCUAUAAGAACUGGAACUGGGCAUACGCCACUACCCAGCCCUACAUUCCCUAUAAGAACCGGAACUGGGGAUACGCCACUACCCAGCCCUACAUUCCCUAUAAGAACCGGAACUGGGGAUACGCCACUACCCAGCCCUACAUUCCCUAUAAGAACCGGAACUGGGGAUACGCCACUACCCAGCCCUACAUUCCCUAUAAGAACCGGAACUGGGGAUACGCCACUACCCAGCCCUACAUUCCCUAUAAGAACCGGAACUGGGGAUACACCACCCCUAGGUCCUACACUCACUACAAGAACAGGGGAUACGCCACUACCCAGCCCUACAUUCCCUAUAAGAACCGGAACUGGGGAUACGCCACUACCCAGCCCUACAUUCCCUAUAAGAACCGGAACUGGGGAUACGCCACUACCCAGCCCUACAUUCCCUAUAAGAACCGGAACUGGGGAUACGCCACUACCCAGCCCUACAUUCCCUAUAAGAACCGGAACUGGGGAUACGCCACUACCCAGCCCUACAUUCCCUAUAAGAACCGGAACUGGGGAUACACCAACCCUAGGCCCUACAUUCCCUAUAAGAACCGGAACUGGGGAUACGCCACUACCCAGCCCUACAUUCCCUAUAAGAACCGGAACUGGGGAUACACCACUGCCCAGCCCUACACCACCUACCCUGCCCCCACGACCAGAGGUGUCUCGGUGUGUCUGCGUGUCCUUGGUGUUGGAUACACAGUCUUCACCCUCAGUCCAUCCACAACUCCUCUGACACUGAGAUACUAUGACAGUCAGCGUUACGCGCUCACCUACAGCAGGUACAGUCAGCACAACCUCAUACUGCAACAUAACAUAAGACUGUGGUCAAACAUGGAGCCAGAAAUCUGGACCCGACUCUGUGUAACUGUGGACGCCGUGAAGAACGUGGCCCAGAUAUUCAGCGGCCCUGACAUGAGCAUGAGGAGGAUGCUCAAGAUUCGGUACGUGUGGUCAGGUGAGCCCGUGAUUGAUAUUCCAGGUUUUGAAGGUCAGGUGACAGAUGUCCAGGUGUGGGAUUAUCCUCUCCACUAUAAAGAAGUCUUCAACUACAUGACCAGUGGAGCCCUCGGGUCGCACCCUGGAAACGUCCUCACCUGGUCGUCCAUCAGCUACUCUGCCAGAGGAUCCACGCUGUUGGAGGACGUUUAUGAGAAGCAGGCAAAGUAGCAAAUCAGCAGCCACAGAGGAAAAUGACGACACCCUAAAGGAGAGAAGAAGAGUCCUCAGAAGAGGAGAGAGAAAGAGAGAAUAAGAGUGUAAAUGGAAGCAUUAAGGAAGGAGAUUUAACUUCUGUUCUUUACUAAGCGGACAAAAAUCCUCAUCUGGAUAUAAAACCUGAGGAUUCAUUCGCAAGUUUUUUUUUUCAACUCUCAUUGUUCCAAAAUAAUAAUGCAUUAAAAACGACAUUGCUGUCAAUUAUUAGCAUGGUCAAGGCUGUAAUAUCUUCAUCACAAAUAUUUCACUCUGCACCUCAUUUUUGGAAAAUAUUGCUUAUUUUGUGUUUUUCCUGUUAAAAAAAUAAGGGGUUCUAAAGACGAAAAGACCAUAAAAGCAUGAAAAUUACUGAAAAAUUAUAAUAAAACUUAUAUGUAUGGAUAGGUCUGAAGUUAUUGGAAAGAUCUGAUGCAGUGAAAGUAAAAAAAAAAAAAAAGUAUUACAUUUUUAUAGCUCUUUUAUGAGACAGACCGUUUGUGUACAUGAGGUUGAAGAGUGUACAUUAUUCUUAAAAUUCUCAUUGUGCCAAAGAUAAUAUUGCAUUAAAAUCAAUACUGUUAUCAAUUA